AUCCGACUGUGGUGAUGAAGACAAACUUUCGAGAAUCCAAUCGAGGCGUUGCAGUUUUCUCAUCUGUUUAGUUAACCCGUACUGUUAGUGCUAAACGAUAACGAUCCUAAAUUCCCAAUCCAGAAAAAGGCAAACCUACUUCACCCUCCAUCAUCAUAAAACCAACCAUCUUCAACACGAGAUUUUCACUUUUUACCAUACUCGUCUAAUUUCUCGCGAGUUCCAAGUCUUCUCUCUAUCCUCAUUCCUCAAAAGUUAAAAUUUCAAAGCAAUGACCACCGGAUAACAUCAUUGCUUCAAAGAAAAAGAAAAAGAAGAUUAAAUUAAAUUAAAACACGAGUCAUAGGAACGGAACGCGGACUCCAAUGCAAAAAACAAAGUAGAUUUAAAAUGUGUUGAGGUCCGAUUCAUAAAUAAAAUUUUAGUUAGUAUUAUUUUUUCAAUUUCCAAUAUUGUAACAGGAAAGCAAAGCGGUAUGGUUUGUUUUAUUUUCUCCAGUGAGUGAAGUAGGAAGUGUGAAGUGAGUGAGAGAGAUAGAGAGAGAAGCAAGCAGCAUGGGAAGACCGGCCUCCUGCUUCAAGCUAAUUAUAUGCGGCGGCGAUGCGGCGGAGAAGGACGGUUACCGAGUAGCUCAGAUCAAGGAUUCUAAUGAUAAACCGGGUUGGAGUUUCCGCAAGAAAUCUGUAACUGCAAAGCAACGUGUGCUUAGCAAUACUGUGACUGCAGAUUCCUCAUCUGCAAAUAAGGAGAGUUCACAAUGUAAUAGUUUUAAUUUUGAACCUAACGUUGUUGACAAGGUUUACACAACAAAUAACUCUGAUAAGAAGCCCAAUUUAUCCUCCAUUGAAAGUUCAGAAACGAAUGUCAUUGAAGCAGAGAGUAAAAAGGACGUGAAUCCCCCAGAAUCUGCUGUUAUCACUAUCCAGGCUGCCAUCAGAGGGUUGCUGGCUCAGAGAGAUUUAAUGCAGAUUAAGAAUUUAGUGAAAUUGCAAGCUGCUGUUCGUGGGCACUUGGUCCGGAGCCAUGCUGUAGGAACCCUUCGCUGUGUUCAAGCCAUUGCUAAAAUGCAGCUUCUCGUUCGAGCUCGUCGGGCUCAGCAAUCACAGGAAAAUCAAAGCCACAUGAGCAAGUCAAAUGUGAUGGAUGCAUCCAUUGAGAAGCUGCUUAGCAGUAGGUUUGCUCGCCAGCUAUUGGAAUCAACACCAAAAAAUAAACCUAUACAUGUCAAGUGUGAUCCUUCUAAAGCUGAUUCUGCAUGGAAAUGGUUGGAGAGGUGGAUGUCUAUGUCUUCAAAGUAUACUUCAGAUGACAAAAAAACAAGUUCCCUGACAGAGGAAUCAGAAGUUUAUCCACAGACAGCUGACACAAAGCCCAGUGUGGAGGAUUCAAUUCUACCUUCUAGGGAUGAAAAGAAGCCAAUUACUCAUGAUGCUAAUAACUUCAGCUUUCAAGCAAUCCGCUCUCCAUCACCUUCUAAAAAGGCAGUUGAAUUUGGUGCUAAAGUAGCCUCAGCAGAAAUCGGUUCCUUUAAAGAUGAAAAAUCAGCAUCAGAUGUAAGUGCCCGACCAGAGGUUAAAUCCCUUCCUCAGAAGCCUGAAAUUGAUGGUGAGCCUCGCAAACGAUCAAUGAAAAGAUAUGCAUCAGACCAACUAGAAGCUGAACGAAAUAAAUCUGGACAUGGAUCAAGAAAGGUCAGUAAUCCUGCAUUUAUUGCUGCACAGUCAAAAUUUGAAGAGCUGAGUUCAAUGAUAAAUUCAGGUAGGACAAGCAGUUUUUCUGAUCAAACUGCAGCAGUUGAAUCAGAAGCAGACACCUCUUCUGUCAACAUGGAUAUGGCAUAUAGAUCAAAAGAGUUAUCUGAGAAUUCUGGUCCCUUUUUUUCUAAGCUUGGUGGUUCUCAAUGUGGUACUAAACUAUCUAUUUCUUCCACUCUUGAUACACCCAAUGUAUCCGAGGUUGGUCCUAUUGAAGAUGACCAAGAUGCCAAAGAUUUAGAAGGGGUUGGAAAUCUUGACAAGAAAACAAACCUUGAUGUUGAUACCGAUAUUCCAGGUGCUAUUCCAUCUUCUCACUUAGCCACUGCUGUUAUGGAUCAGACAGAAACUGUUGACGAAAUCAAUGGCAUUAUGGUUCACUCAUCAGUUGCAGUGGACUCUGAAGAGCCUGUUAGCAAGACUGAGAAAAAUGCAUCUGAUGUACAGAGAGAUCAAAAUGAGGAUCCUCUGCAAGGUUUCAGAUCAUCUCGAGAAGCAUCACCUAAAACACACACAAAGGUCCCUGAAUCACAAGAAACACCUUCGAGUCAGUUAUCUAUGAAACCCAAAGACGGCAAAGACAAGUUUAGAUCCAACAGUAAACUUGGGACCCCACCAGUGGUUAACAAAUCACCUGUAAAUGGAAAUCAUGAUUCGAGCUCUAGAGGUCAGCCGAGUGGGAAGCGACGCAAUUCAUUUGGCUCAGUUAAAGCUGAUCACAUUGAUCAAGAACCUACAGGUAACACAAAUAACAAUAGUCCUCUUCCCCGUUUCAUGCAAGCAACAGAAUCAGCUAAGGCCAAAACCAGUGCAAAUAACACACCAAGGUCAAGUCCAGAUGUGCAUGAACGAGAUGUUCAAGUUACGAAGAGACACUCGUUACCAGGUGCCACCGGUAGGCAGGUUUCUCCACGCAUCCAACAAUCGAUGUCUCAACCACAGCAGAACCCGAAGGGAUAUUGUGUACAGCCUCAGCCUACACAAGAGAGAAAAUGGGUGAGGUGAAUUGACAGCUCAAGUGUGCUGAGUGCUGACAUACUUCUACAGUAGUUGAUGAUCAGCAAUGGCGUGGCAAUUUAGAAUAUCUAAUUUCGUUUCUUCAUUCUCUUUUGAAGGAAAGGAAUGCCGCUUCCCUAUACCCUGUAACUGCUGCAAUCUCCUUUUGAGUCUUUCUUUUUUCUUAGUGUUGUUUUUCCCUUUAUCUUUGACUCUCUAUUCUUUGCCUCCCCUCUCUGCCUCCCCAUAUUUGAAGGUGCCCUGUUUUGGUCGGUUCGUAAAAGUGAGUGAGGCUUUUAUAUGUAUAUUAACCACUCGAUCUGUUUACUUUCCGACAGUGUUUCUAAGAAUAUAUUAAUGUUUGUUAAAUAUAUUCUGCUUGAGACAACUUCAGGAUUAUAAUCUAGUGGUACUUUG